UACGUUCUUGCGUGGCGGUGUGUCCUUGUGUCUGAGGGAAGGAAGUGACUGCCAGACGUCAAAUUAUCCAGGCAUCCUCCUGAUCCCAUCCACUUCCGGUGUCAGCCUGUCCUUCCGUUAGCAGCGCUAAUUACUCCGCCUCGACACGAACACCUGCCACCAGCCCAACCGCCCCACGUAUCCGCCCACUAACCGCCUUUUAACCAACCUCAGCGCGGCACGCCCGCACUCGGUUCCGCAGCCGAUCGAUCUGUGGCGUUUUCACGCUGCCAGCCACAAACACGCCUGAACUUCAAUCGCAUUCGUCAAGUCUCAAGGCUAAAAGUUGAGCACAACUUUUUAAUAGACUCUUCCCCACAGGACCCACUCUUCCCGCGCGUAACAGGCGCACAAGUAGCCCGUCUUGACGCGCAUUAGCCGCUGUCGUGAUGUGACGUGGGGUUCGGCGGAAAUUGCGGAGAAAGCAUCCAAGGAGCAGUAAUGGGUUAAUCAGGCUCAUACAGCCAAAUUGUGUGUUCAGCUUGUGUUUGGCCGGGGGCAGCUGUUUUCCCCUUGUUGAUUGGCAUUUAUCGAUUGAUCCCUGUUUUCUGGACAAUCUUCCCGUCAUUCCCGAAUCGCGCAUUCCCUGUUUGGAACAAUGUUUCGGCGUUGUUAAGGAUGAACAGUCUGCGCAAGUUGGUGCAGUCGGCGCCGGCCGCCGAGGCGCCCCCCUCGGGGGGUGGUGGGGGGCGGGGGGCGGCCAGCCAGAACCAGGACUACCUGCUCAGUCUGCAGCACCUCAAGCGCGUCUUCGCCGAGUGCGUGGCGCGCGGCGCCGGGGGUGCGGGGGGCCCCGCGGGGGCGGGGGCGGGGGCCGACGAGCGCCUGUAUUCGCUGAUCCCCAUCUUCGUCAAGUUGUUCCGCACCGCCCCCCUCGAACACAUCCAGGCGCAGUUCCCCGAUCUGCCGCUCUUCGCCAGCGCCGUCGGCCGUCUCCUCGUCCACGAGAUCCGCAAACGCGCGGGCGACCGCAAUUCCGAAGGCGCCAGCGUGGCCAUCGUGGAGUUCCUGAGUCCGAGCGAGUUCUCGCACGGCUGGCUGCUGCUGGCCAGUCUGCAGUGCCUGACGCCCUGCGCCGGCCGCCUGGCCGACCUCCUCUGCGCCAGCAACCUGCCCUCCACGCUCGUCAAGGCCUUCUACCUCCUCUUCGACCUCCCGCCGCCUCUGAACGCCGACGCCGACGCGGCGCGCCACAACCUGGCCGCCGUCAUCUGCGAGAUUCUGUGCAACGUGUUGCGCAGCGGGCUGGGAGCGGAGGAGCUGGCGAAACGCGACGACCUGGCGCUGCUGUUCAUCGCGGCGAGCAGUCCGUGUCCGGCGCACAACCACGUCUGGCGGCAGUGCUGCCAGGAGGCCGUCUGCGUCAUGGCGCGCCACGCCCUCACGCCGCCCGUCCUCGGCUACAUCCACAGUAAGGGCUGUCUGAAGAUCUGCGUGGACAAUCUGCGCAACGUGCACCAACUGCAGCCGGCCGAGAUCUUCGCCAUCUUCCAGUACGUCGCGGUCUUCCUGCAGCAGGCCUUCGACAAGAAUCAAACCAUGAUCGACGACUUUCGGGUUGCUCACGGCUUCGGCUUCCUCGUCGAAUUCGGCCUGCGGAUCGGGGAUGAGUCGGCGGAGAUGGUGGAGCAGUUCAUCGCCAAUAAAGACCUCUCCACGCACGGCCCGGCCGAGCUGCGUCUGCAGAUCAGCGCCUCCCCCUUCCGCCAAGUCUCCUUCCAGCCGCCCCGCCCCAAGGGCCCGCCCUUCACCCUGCGCAACCUGGACGCCCUCCAAGCCCUCCAGGAACUCCUCCUCCGCACCACCAGCCACGACACGGCGCGCUCCAUCUUGUUAGCCAUCAACGAACUAUGCGUGUGGGACGACGCCAACUACUUCUUGAUGGAGCACGCGCUCAACACGCUCAGCGUGCUGACCCCCAAGAUGCGCGUCCUCACCGAGGACCUGCAGACCGUGUGGUUUAGUUUGCUGAAGCACGUCGUCAUCGAGCUGAGCUACGUGCCCUGCAAGGAGCUGGCCAGUCUGGCGCUGGUCUUGCGCGAGGAGCACGCCGGUUCCGGGUUCUUCCGCGGGGCGUUGAGUCUGCUCAAACGGCUGCUGCUGCACGACGUGACCUUUCAGGAUGUCUUCCGCGAUGUCGGCUUGGUGGAGGUGCUCACGCGGCGCUUCGUCUCCAUGGAGGACGGAGAGGUACCGGCGGAUUUAUUGGACGUGUUUCAAUCCGUGCUGAAGCAGAACAACCAGAACUGUCCGCUGUUCCGCGAAGCCGGCGGCUCGCAGCACUUGCUGGCGCUGAUCGUGGCGGAGACGGCGCAGCGGCCGGCGCUGCUGAAUGUAUUACAGCAUCUGCUGACGUCGGUGGGCUGCGACGACGAUCUGCAGCAUCUACUGACGUGCUUCAACAAUUCGCGCUCCGGACUGGGGAUCAAACAGGAUUUAUUGCGGUGUCUGUGCGGCGCGCUGCGCGAGUCGCAUCGCGCGCGGAUUGCGUUCAGGAAGAGCGGGGCCUUCGUCUCGCUCGUCUCGGGGAUCGUGGCGCUGGAAAACGCCUUCGCGACCUUCAGCACAGAAGUUUUCGGGUAUUUGAGCGGGAUCAUCGAGACGAUCACCACGGCGAUGCGGUAUGAGCCAUCGAAUGCUAAACAUUUCCAGACGGAGAUCCGCUGGACGGCGCUGACCGAUGCGCUGCGACUGAUCGGCUGCUUUUCUGGCACGCGCGUGCUCCCGAAAAUCCUGGAAAAUCCCGAGCAAAGUAGAUGUUUUACUGUAGAAUGCGCAGACGAUGGGGAUUUUGGCGCGACGUUCUUCCAUCCAGAGACGGUGGCGGAGGGGGCGGACGCGCUGCACUGCGCCUGUCUGGUCUUCCGCAGUCUGUAUUUAAUGGCCCUGGACGGCUACCGGCACGGCUGGGCCGACAACUUCGAGGCGCUCCUCAGCGACGCCGCCAUCGUGCACGCCGGCGCCGUCCUGGUCAUCCUCGAUCUCCUGCCCUCCCUCAUUCCCCAACAUUCCAAUUGGAUGUCGUUGUUGGUGUUCGUGUCGGAGCUACUGAAAUCGCUGGUGCGGCACGAGCGCAACCAGCAGCUGAUGUGCGAGGCCGGGAUGGUGCAGGAUCUCUUAUCCGUGUGUGAAGCGGCGCUGGCGGACGAGGAGCACCCAUUAAAUCCUUUCAUGCAGUACAUCCUCGAGCGGUUGGCGGCGCAGAGUCUGCGCCCGCGCGAACUACGGAAUCUGUUGCGGCUGCGCUUCGUGCAAUCCGGCUGUCAGCUGCCGUUGUCGCGCAUCAAGACCUUGGUUUCCAUGAUCAGUCUGCGCGACCGCGAGAGCACCAUGCCGCCGGCCUUCGUCGAGUUCGAUCUCAGUUACGAGGGCUUCGGGGGGCUGUAUCUGCCCAGUAUCGCGCCGCAGAGCCAGCCCACCUUCGCGCUGCACGGCAGUCUCGCCGCCAGUGAACCCGCAGGCAUCGUGGGCGGGAUCGGCAGCGGUCUGCGCGUGUUCCCGCCGGCGGGCGGCCUGAGUCUGGUGACGUGGUUCUGCGUGGACAGUUGGGCGGCCGGCGACAUCCGCCUGCUGGACGUGACGCGCCACCUGGCCAAGCCGGCCGACAACCUCACCUGCCUCUCCGUGCAUUUAAUUCAACCCGGCAACAGCAGCGGCAGCGGCGGAAUCCAGCUGCUGGUGUCGACGCGCGAGCACAACAGCGCCGAGAACCCCGAGGCGGAGGCCGGCGGCGACACCGUGCUGGCCGACGUCGGCGUGCUGCGCGAGCAGGAGGGCCACUGGCACUGCAUCGUCGUCGCCCUGGGCAAGACGUUGGUCAAAUCAGGAUAUUGCAAUAUCUACCUGGACAGCCGCAAUCUCGGCCAGUUUAAACUGGCCUACAUCCCGCAGAAUCCGGGCGGCGGCGCGGCCCAUUUAGCCACAGCGGCGUCCAUUUCCGGCACGGUGGGCACGCAGCCGAUCCAGCGCAAAGCCUGCAAACUGCGCUGGCGCCUGGCCAACAUGUUCCUCUUGGAAGAGGCGCUCAACCAGGCGCAGGUGACCCUCUUGUCCUCCCUCGGGCCCGGCUACCACGGCAACUUCCAGGACCCGCAGUGCGCCGCUUUAAAUCUCCCCGACGACAAGGUGCUCCUCGGGCUGAAUCCCUUGAUGGUCACCGAGAUGUCCGUGGCCCGCAUAAGGAAGAUUUAUAAUAAAGACGACAGCAAGUCCAUCGCCCGCCAUCUGGCGCUGUCCUCGCACGACGCCAGCACGCCGGUCAAAUUAAUUCAUAAUUCGGCGGCGCAUCUGCGCGGGACCGCCCGCGGCAUCGGCUCCGCUGUGGUCGGCUAUCUCGGCGUGCGGCUCUUUUCCCCGCGCCCGGCGCACCAGGCGCUGCUGCCUAUCGGCGGGAUUUGGCCGCUCCUCGGCAUGGUGGGCAUGGCCAACGACACGGAGUACGUGUACGCGGCGAUGAAGUGUUUAUUCUGCGCCAUCCGCACCAACAGCUUCCUGCGCGAUCAGAUGGUCAGCGCCGGCGGCUUCCAGUUCGUGGGGAUGAUGUUGAAGCGGAAGAAGGAGUGCCUGAACGGACACGUGCUGCACCUGGCCUUCUCCAUGAUGGCCGUCACCGGCCACCACACGCCGCACGCCGCCGCCAUGCUGCCGGCACCCGCGACGGCCGCCGGGACGCAGCCGGGCGGCGAGCGCGAGGUUGCUGCGCGCGAGAAUCUCGGCGAUCGCAAGGCCCUCGAGGAUCUCCUCUCCGACAUCCAGUUGUGGCAGUCUUGCAACGCGGAGCUGCAGCGCUCCCUCUUGGAGCACUUUGUGGAGAUGUGCAAAGAAGGCAACUCCAGCGCGAAGCUCCUAUGCGAGAGCGGCCUGAUCCGCAAGGUCUUCCAGUUCCUGCUCAUCUCCGCCGGCAACGACGCCCUGGACCCGCAGGUCCUCCAGACCGCUGGCGAGCUGCUCCGCCUGCUCCUCAAGAGCUCCGGGAAGAGCAACAGCGACGUGUUAUCCUUCGCGCAGUACCUCAUCUGCAGCAUCCCCUCCACGGCCGAGUCCCGCCUCACCCCCGCCGUCGCCAUCCGCAACACGGGCCUCACCAUCAUGCGGCACCUCUCCGAGACCUACGCCGACCUGGUCUCGGCCUUUCUCGGCUUCGACUGGCUCCUGUCCUUCCUGCACCCCGCCCUCCACGUCCACUCCCUCGUCCUGGUCCUGGAGACCCUCACGGACCUCUUACUCACCCACCCGGCCAACCUGGCCACCUUCCGGGACGGCCGGCACUUCGGGUCGUGGCUGCGGGACCCGGCGCCGCGCCGCCACCGCUCCGAGGCGCACCGCCUCAUCCCCAGCCACCAGUCCAGCCUCCAGCCCAACCUGGAGCUGGUGGCGGUGUCCGGGUGGACGGCGCUGCAGCUGCUGCUCCCGGAGGUGGCGCGGCUGAGUGUCGCCUGGAUGAACGUGCUCGGGCUCUUCGUCGGGCGCCGCGCCGACGUCCGCGAGGACCCCGAGGUGGCGCUGACGCUGGACAGUGUGUGGUGGAACCUCUUCCAGACCAGUCCGGGGAUGGCCAUCAAGCUGAAGGACUGCCACAUCGUCUGCCCGGAAGCGGUCUACGUCCUGCUGUCCAUGGUGCGCGGAUGCAUCGAGCAAGGGAGUUCCGACAACGCCAACUGUGUCCUGCAAGUGCUGAUCUAUAUGUACCAUAAUUGGACGGAAUUCUCGCUGUUCGCCGCCACGCCCGAGUUUGUCGGGGCGCUGGCCGGGUGUCUCUUCACCGCGAAUGAAGAGGAUCCGCUCUUUAUUAACAAAGCGUCCAAUUCGCGCCGGUUGCUUCUCGAUCUGCUGCGGAUGCUCGUCACGGAUUCGCUGGCGUUGCCGGCGGAAAAAUGUCAAUUAAUCACGGAAUCUUGGCUGGAGGCGGCGCCGGACACCUGCAAAGCCUCCCAGGUCAACGCCUACCAGACGGAGAUGGCCGCGGUGCUGAUGGAACACCUCCUGGCCCUCAACGUCCUGGUGGACACCUCCGGGAUGUGGAUCCACCCCUCCGGCCACCGCCACCACGUCCCGCCCAACAUCUUCCAACUGGCGCAGCGCCUCGUCGACAAACUGUGGAAGGGCGCCCUCCCCAAACUGGACAUGCCCAUCCUGGACUUCCUCCUCCAACUGUUGACCGCCGGCGUCCGGGACGCCCCCUCCCGCAUCCCGGCGGGCGUCCUGGACGCCGGGUUCGCCGCGCUGGACCGCCUGCUCAUCUGGCAGAUCGCCCGGCCCACCGACACCGUGGCCACGCAGAUGGCCGUCCUCGACGCCCUCCACAAGCUCGUUGACCACCGCGGACUGAUCUUCCACCCCGCGAACCAGGACCCGGGGUUCCUGGGGGCGCUGGCCUACUGCUUGAGUCUGAUUGUGGACCGGGUGCCCAUCAGCAUCGAAUCUGGGACGGGGAGCACCUGGCACGCGUACCCGGAGAGCGGCGGCGCCGUGGCGGAGGGCUGGGGGCUCCUGGAGUCCGCCGCGGGGUCCCUGUGGGGCGUGGUGGUGGAGUCGCGGGGCGGGGCGUUGCGGGAGAUGCUGCGGCCGCCCCGGGGGGUGCUAGAGAGCGACCUCCGGGACGUCAAGGAGUUCGUGCGGGAGGUCACCGCGAAGUAUUGGUCGGCGUUCCUCGACGCCGGGGAGCGGCGCAGUCAGCCGGCGCCGACGCCCGCCCCGGGCGGCGGGGUGGGCAUGAACAUGGCGGCGGUGAAGAAGGCGCUCCCGAGCUCCUUAGUCCGCGCGUACACCAUCCGGCAGAAGGCGCUGCUGAAGCAGGCGACCCUCCCGCCGGCCAAGAUCAGUCCGGCGCUGUUUUUACACCAACUGCGCCUGCACUGCCUGCUGGUCAGCCAGUACGUCGCCGAGCAGCUGAGCCAUUUGCAGCGCGCGCAGAGCAGUCUGAACCGGCUGGUGGAGGACGAGUGGGCGCAGUGCGAGAGCGAGCAACUGUUAAGGGAGCGGGCGCUGUGGGGGCCCGAGGAGCCCUGGAGACUGGCCAAGUGGAUGCUGGACAGCAGCGAGGGGCCCAUGCGCGUCAGGAAGAAGCUGGUCGACAACGCCGACUUCUUCACGCACUACGCCUACCGCGAGAUAAUAGCCCCCGGGGGCGAGACGGAAGGCGGCAAACAGAAGGUGCGCUACCCGGUCAGCUGGGACUCCAGAGCGUAUUUCGAGGAAGAACAAGCCGGUGGUCGCGUGAAAACACUGCUGCGCACCACCACAAAGAAGUCCGAGCAGAGCGAUGGCGCUGCGAUGGAGCCGGCCAACGGCGCCACGGACGAGGAUGCCACUGCGCUGGACGACAUGGAGGAGGAGCAGGAAAAGGGCGAAGAGGAGGAGGAAGAGGAGGGCUCGGACGACACGGUGAUCCGGCGCCUGAUGGAGGAGGGCGACACCAUUAAUUACGCAUUUCGUUGCGCGCGUGUCGAAGGCCUGGACGCCUACGAAGGCCUGAUGCUGCUGGGUCGGGAGCAUUUUUAUCUAAUCGACGGCUUCACUCUCCUGUCCACCCGCGAAAUCCGCGACAUCGAAUCCAUCCCCGUGGCGCAGCGGGAGCCCGUCCUCCCCUCCGUCAUCGUGGGGAAGCGCCGGCGGCAGAAAUUUCAUUACGAGGAGAUUCGGGAGGUGCUGCGGCGGCGUUAUUUGCUCCAGCAGAUCGGCGUGGAGAUCUUCUGCACGAAUGGACGGACCAAUUUCCUGGCCUUCCCGCGGCACACCAUCGAGCGGGUCUUUGCGCGGUUAAUAGCGCUGGCGCCCAAUUUAACCGACUCGGCGUCGGCGUCCGUCGCCGGCCAGAAACGCAGUGCUCAGGUGGAACCGCACUCCGGGCUGUUGUCGAGCCUGAUGGGCGACACGUCGGUGACGCAGCGGUGGGUGCGCGGGGAGAUCAGCAACUUCCAGUACCUCAUGUUCCUCAACACGCUGGCCGGGCGCAGCUACAACGACCUGAUGCAGUACCCGGUCUUCCCCUGGAUCCUGGCCGACUACGACAGCCCCGUCCUCGACCUCAACCACCCCGCCACCUUCCGUGACCUUUCCAAGCCCAUGGGCGCGCAGACGGACGAGCGCCUGUCCAACUACGUCAAGCGCUACAAGGAGUGGGAUCCCCACACCAAGGACACGCCCUUUUUUUAUGGGACGCACUACUCCACCGCCAUGAUCGUUGCCAGCUAUUUGCUGAGACUCGAGCCCUUUACGCAGUAUUUUCUGCAUUUACAGGGCGGUAAUUUCGAUUUGGCGGACCGGAUGUUCCAUUCGGUGGGGGACGCGUGGCUGUCGGCAGCCAAGAACAACAUGGCCGAUGUGAAGGAGUUGAUCCCGGAGUUCUUUUAUUUACCGGACUUUUUGCUGAACGCCAACCGCUUCGAUCUGGGCGUGAAGCAGAGCGGCGUGCAGCUGGACGACGUGGUGCUCCCUGCAUGGGCGCGCGGCGACGCCCGCGAGUUCAUCCGCGUCCACCGCGAGGCGCUGGAGUGCGACUACGUCUCCGCGCACCUCCACGAGUGGAUCGACCUCAUCUUCGGCUACAAACAACAGGGUCCGGCGGCGGUGGACGCCAAGAACCUGUUCCACGGGUGGAUGUACGAGGGCGCCGUGGACCUGGACAACAUGAGCGAUCCGCUGGAGAAGCAGGCCUUCAUCGCCUUCAUCAACAACUUCGGCCAGGUGCCCUCGCAGAUCUUCAAGAAGCCGCAUCCCGUCAAGAAAGUGGCCGCCGGCCGCCAGGAUCUCGUCUUCCACAACGUCAGCCGGCUGCAGCCGGUCCUCUUGGCCGGCAAAGAGUUGCGCAGUCCGGUGGGGCACAUUGUGUCCCUGGAGAAGUCCUGUCUGCCGAUGGAGCAGAACAAGGCGCCGAUCCCGCCGCACUAUUCCCGCUAUCUGGCCUGGGGCUUCCCCGACCACAGUCUGCGCAUCUGCAGCUUCGAGGCCGACCGGCCGCUAGCCGUCUUCGAGCUGCGCGACGAAGACGAGGUGCUGUGCGCGGUGUGCCCCAGCGCCGACGUCUACUUAGUCGCCGGGAUGAGCGGCGUCAUCGGCGUGUACACGCUGGCGCGCCGGCGCCGCCUGAUCCUCAACAAACACCUGUACGGCCACUACGAGCCGGUGACGUGCCUGGCCGCCAGCGCCAUCUACUCCCUGGCCAUCAGCGGAUCCAAGGACCGCACCUGCAUCGUCUGGAAUCUGCAGGGACUGACCUUUCUCCGCCAGCUACGCGGACAUCCCUUGACAGUCUCCGCCGUGGCCAUCAACGAUCUCACCGGCGACAUGGCCAGCGCGGCCGGGACGUUCCUCUUCUACUGGGACAUCAACGGGUACCUGCUGGCCAAGCUGGACGUGUCCGGCGGGCACGCGCUGCCCAGCGAGCAGAUCCUGUGCGUGGCCUUCAGCCAGGCCAGCGAGUGGGACCCCGCCAACGUCCUCCUCACCGGCGGCAACGACGGCCUGCUGCGCCUGUGGUCCGAGGAGCUCGUCCCGGCCAGCCACCUCCCGCCCGACCCCGCCGACGUCCCCGACCGGCUGUCCGUCGACCCCGGGCACCGCGACAGCGAGGAGGAGGACGAGGAGGCCGACGUCCGCGAUCCGGUGGUCAGUCUGCGUCGCCUAAGCAUCCACGGGAGCGUCAGCGCGGCGGCCAUGGGCGGGCGCGGGGGCCCCCUCCAGCCGCAGGACACCGAGGAGCUGCCCUCGCCCGUCAAGGACGACUCCCCGCUGGCCGCGGAGCCCCCGCCGCCCUCCCCUCUCCCGCAGAUGUUGGCGCACGACAUCGCGGUGCUGCACCAGGCGCUGCACGACCACCUGCCGCCCCCGGGGGGCGCGCCUAUCCCCACCCCGCCCGCCAUCGUCCUGGAGGCCCCACGGCCCGACCAGCUGCAGCGGCGCCUGACGCUGCGGGCCACGCUGAACAUCCCGCUGGCGCUGAGUCGGAAGGGGCCCGGCAGCGGGGGCGGGGGCGGGGGCGGCCCCCCCAAGGGCGGCCAGGUGUCCGUGACGGCGGUGGCCUUCAGUCGCGAUCACAAGGCGUUGUACGUCGGCGAUUCCGUGGGCCGGGUCAGCGCCUGGCUCACCGGCUGAUCCACAACGGGAAUUAUCGGGAAUUUCCGGAUGAAAUUGUAAUUAUUCUGCGCCCGGCUCAACGGCGAUAUAUUAGUGGGAAUUUUGGAGAAAUUAUAAUUAAUUGUAAUUAUAAUUGUGGCUCAGUUGGAUGAUGUUGAUGGGUCUUGAUUUCGUGGCGAUCUCAGUGAUUUCUCAGCGGGGCUUCGUUUUCUGCGCUGUCUUGUGUCCGGUGAGUGAGUGUGCGCGUUGCUUGUUGUCGUUAAUCAUCGGUUGGGUCUUCUUGCCCGGUGUCCAGUCCGUUGAUAUUCAUUUUAUGCUGUUUUUUCUCUUGUCGUUGUUACACACCGCGGUUCAUGCCACUGUAAGUUGCA